CUUCAAUUAUUGCUGUAUUUACAGCUGCACACACCACAACCUCUGAUAACUUCAAACCAAAAAUGUUCACUUAUCCUUUCUUUUCAGCCCUUGCGGCUCUGUCCCUGUUCAUUGUCUCAGCACAAGCAGCCACCGCGCCGGCACCGGCGGUGCCGCAGCUCACGGCAGCGGCCACGGAGUUCUUAGAAGCGCACAACCAGGCAAGAGCCGCGGUGGGUGUUGAGCCGCUAGAGUGGAGCGAGAAGCUGGGCAAGGACGCCAGCCUGUUUGUCCGGUACCAAAGGAACAAGUUCGGGUGUGGAUUCGCGAAUUUGACCGACAGCGAGUACGGCGGUAACCAGAUCAUGGCGGGUUCGGUGUCGGUGGCGCCGCGCGUGGCGGUGGCGGAGUGGGUGAAGGAGAAGGAUUUCUACAUCCACGCGAAUAACUCGUGCGUGGCGGAACAUGAGUGUGGGGUUUACACGCAGGUUGUGUGGAGGGAUUCGAAGGAGGUUGGGUGCUCGCAGGCGUCGUGUGUGAAGGAGAAGGCUAGCUUGACCAUUUGUUUCUAUGAUCCGCCGGGAAACGUCGUCGGAGAGAGCCCAUACUGAUGAAGAAUUGAUGAUGGGGCCUGAUUAACUACUCUGCAUUUAAUAAUGUGUCUGUGAUUUGGAAUAAUGCUGUGUUUUUGUUAAGAUUAAUUAGAUGGGUAAGUGUAAUUGCGACAGGGGUCGUUAGCUAUCUCCAAUUGUCAAUGUCGUGGCAUUAAGUUAUGAAAUUGAGCAGUAUGAGCAAGCAUGGCAACAGAAAGAUUACAUAUGGAUAUUGUUGAUGCUUAAUUAGCUAGUCACUUUAUCAUGUACAAUAAUUAGCUCAUCUCAUCUCAUAAUUAUGAGUCGUGACUCGUGAGUUCGAUUAUUGCUCAUGAGAAUAAAACGUAUUUUAUCAUCA